AGAAGAACGUUCAAAAAGGUGCUGACAAUGGUUUUGCGUGGCGUACGGGGUGGAUACCACUCGCGAGGUGGAGGCACACGAGGAGCUGGCCGUAGCUCGUACCACGGCGGUAGUGGAUAUCAUGGCUCGAACCAUCAUAACAGCAGUAGCUAUGACAACCGGAACGAUAACCGAAACAGUCGGUAUAGUGGCAGCGGUGGUGGAGGUGGCGGAGGUGGUGGUGGUGGCGGUGGUGGGUACGAUUCCCGUAACUCGUCCCGUUAUGAGUCCGAUUCUCGGUAUUCUCGGCACGAUAGCCGCAACGAUAGCUACAAGCGGUCCAAUUCUUCCAAGUACGAGGAUAAUCGUGACCGUCGCUCGCCGGAUCGGAAGCGUCCUCGCAGCGAUCACAACACUCAGGGAGGAAGCUCGCGGCGUGAUUAUGGCAGCAGCGGCAGUGGUGUAGGUGGCCGUGGCGGAGGAUCAUCUAGUCGGUACCACGAGGGAGGCAGUUCCAGCUCGUCGUACGACAAGCGUGGUAGCAACGAGCACCAUUCGUCGUCGUCCGGUGCGGCCGACCGUUCGGCUAGCAACAAGUUCGAUCAUCAUCGCAGCAGCAGCAGUAGCAGCGCCAGUCGUAGUCAUGGCGGUGGCGGCGGUGAUUCUGGCACCGGUUCUUACAGGUCAAGGGACAACAACUCUUCCAGCAUGGGACCACCGCGGUCGGUGGCGAUGCGAAGCAGCCAUAGCAGCAGCGGUGGCGGCGGCGGCGGCCGUUCGGUGAUGCGCCCACCGUUGAGCGGUGGCCACCGAGCGCACCUUGGCGGUAGCUCACUCAUGGGCAGUGGGGGAAUGCAUCGCCGGGGUGGUGGUAUGAUGCGGGGAAGAAUUUCGCACUACCGCUCCGAUGGCCGGCGAGGCAUGCUGACGUCACGCAUCAUGGGUGGGCACCACCGGCGUACGGAUAUGCGACCGAUGACGAUGCACAACCGGCGCUACCCGUCGAUAAGGGGUCGAGGCGAUAUGCGGAACCGUAUCAUGGGUAGCGACGCAUUGUCGAAACGUGGAUUAGAUAUGAAGAUAUCGAAGAAAGUACUCAUCAAGCGUGCACUUCAGGCAGCAAAGGACGGGUACGAAGAUUCCCCGUCCGAGAAUGAUGACGAUGACGACGAUGAGGAGGAGGAUGACGAUGGUGGUGAUGUGGAUGCGGGACCAUCUCAUGCUAAAAAGUCAAAGAAAGCGGACGCCAGCGUUGCGGAGGACGAUGAUGAGGAGGAGGAGGAUGUGAAGAAUAAGGGAGAAAAAAGCGAACUUUGGGAUGAUGACGAUGAUGGGGCAGAUGCAAAAUCAAAAUCAUCGGCGCGCAACGAGGAAGAUCAGGACGAAGACGAGGCAAACAAAACUGGUACUACGGUGGACGAGCCGGACGAAGAAAAGGGAAAGGAUGUUGGUAAGCAGCAAACAUCGGCAAAGAAAUCGAUCAAGAAGGAGGAAGCGAAGGAAGGUGCGGAAGGAGAUCGGAAAGCUUCAGAUGAAGCUACCGAAAGUAAGCGAUCGACCAAGAUCAACACCAAGUACCGGUCGUCGAACUUUAUCAAGCUGACGUGUGUGCACUGUAAGCUAAAGUGUGUCACUUUUAAGGAGUACCAGAUGCAUCUCUAUUCCCGUAGCCAUAAAAUGAAAAUGCGCUCGCUGGCCGUCAAAUGCCGCGAGCGGUUGCUAGAAAUGCGUGCCGCUCAACGAAACGCCCAAAACGACGAGGAUGGAAAAUCGGACGAUGGUGCGGGUGGGGAGGAAGGGAAGCGUCCCGGCUUCUGUAUGAUGUGCCGGUUAAACUAUCGACAGCAGCGUGCCGUACAUCAGCAAUCAGAAGGGCAUAAACUGAUGAAAAAAUUCCUGAUGCCGUACUGUAACGUGUGCAAUCUGGGCUUCAAGAGCCCGAUGGCUUACGAAACGCACCGUGCUUCGUUGGAUCAUUUGAAAAUUAAGGCACGCGCCGAACGGUACGGUUCAUCUAACAAGGGCGAUGAAUCGGGUGAGGAGAAUCCGCCCGAUACGGGUGAUCUCGAUCUGAACAGUCUGACGAUCGUCGAUGAAGUUGGCAAGGUGGAUGAAAUCUGUGACCCGGCCGUUGCUGGGGAAACGCCUGCGAGAAAGCAACGUGCCAGUGGUAGUGGUGGCGGGUUUGGAGAGGCUGGUGGACGUGCCGGAACGGAGGACGACGAUGACGAGGAUGACGACGAAGAGGACGAGGACGAUGAAAACCAGAUGAUUAUCGGAGAGGAGCACGUGAAGAAGGUACAGGUGCAGUACUGCGAUCUGUGCAAUAUCUAUUUGCCGCGUCGUUUUGAAAACCAGGAACGGGUACUGCGUGACCAUUGCAAGAAGCGAUCCCAUCUGAAGCUUUACAUUCGUUACCGUAAGGAUAAGAAGCUACGUGAACAGGCGGAACGGAUUCAGAAGAAGAAGCUAAAGGGGGACAAGGAGGCUGCGACGGGAACAAAGGAUGAAAACAAAAAGAACGAUUCGGUUGGAUCCACUGACUCGAAACCAUCGAUUGAUGGCGAUAGCACCACCGGAACUAGCAAACCAACGGAAACGAUUAAAUCAUCCGAUAGCAGCGAUGUAAAGUCGGAAAAGAAGCUAGAUCCCUCUGUCGCAAGCGAUGCUACCGGAAAUAACAGUACGACAAAAACAAACAGUUCCACUGCCGCUGGUAACACGAACACCGCCGGUUCGCACGAUACGGCAAGCUUUGACUCAUCUGAGGCGAAUCUAUCACUCGAUGGGAGCAAUAAUCUGGCUACGCUCGGUGGUGCCGAUGGUCCCGUCACACUAACGGACGAACAGGUCGACAAACUGAUGUGGCAAGUCGUGGACAAUGAUGAUCUGGGCGAUCUAUUGCGUGACGUGCAGGAUGACGUUGAGGAGGAGGACGACGAUAAAACGAACCUGGAGCGUUACGACAAAUUCCGGCACACGGAAAAGAAUGGACUGGAACAGCAACAACGGUCAGACGCAACUACCGGCGACGGUGCCGAGGACGAGGAGGAGGACAGUGUUCCCAAAAAGUCCGCAACCGGUAAGAAGGGCGCGACAGCUGCGAAUGGUGGUGCGGAUACGGCUGCCAAUGGUGAGGCCGGUAAGGAAUCGAAAGCGGUAGUAGGUUAG